UAUAAGAGGCUCAUACACACACACCACUCAGUGAUUAAGAAAAUCUCACAUACAUACACAAAUCAUGUACUUGCGUUUACUUUGCACAUGUGUGUGUCUGUCUAUGUGUGUGAGCCUCACAUACGGUCUACGAACAAAUCGGAGGGAUGAGAGACAGCAGAGCCAUGCGGUGGCAAGAACAUCUAGAUUUAACACACCUGCACAUCCAGUGACCAGCUCUCAGUGCCUGGUAAAUGGGAUCUUUCUCCAUGAGGGAGCUGUUUGGUCUCCAGAUGCAUGUAACAUGUGCCAUUGUAGAAGCGGUGUGGUUCAGUGCCGUGGAGUGCCCUGCCAGAAUAUAGCUAUACCUUCCUCAAGGCUUCAGGGUGGCCAUCAGAAACCAGCCCAUAGAGAGAAGCUGAAGAAAUCGAGUGAAAAAAAGAAAGUCCAUCCACAGAAUGAGAAGAAGAAAGCAUCACAGGGAAAAGUCGAUGUAGAGGUCAAGCCAAAGACAAUGCAGAGGCCUGCUAAAACCGUAAACCUUCCACCUGCACAGAAGAAACAUGCACCUCCAUCACUACCAAAUAUGAAACAGCAAGCAACUGAGAUAGGAAUUGGGAAUUCACCUAUGGCCACUCCUCCUGACAUGUUCCCAGAUUCAUACACCUAUGAUGACCAUGAUGAUGACGACUACCUGGAAGAUGAUAGCGAAUCUGAUGAGGAUGAGGAUGAUAUCCCAGUUUUACAUAACACUCACACCAAAAGUUCACCGUUCAGCAGAAAUGUGGUGUCUCUUACCCAGAAGCUGAAAAUGCCUGUAUUACAAAGGCCACUCCCUCUUCCUACAAGGCCACCCAGAGUUUUGCCACCUAAUGGAGGUGUUAGAGCUAGAGUAGGUGUGGUUAAAGGCAGAGGGGGUGGAGCCAAUGUAGUAGGUCGUCCCGUUAUCCGUUCCUCCAAUUAUAUGGCAUCUCUCCCAGCGGGAUGCCUGCUGUCUGACACCCUGAUUGCAUGUGGCAACACUGGCUUGACCAGCAUGCCUUUCAUUAAAGAUGCUGGGGUCAAAACACUUUACCUGUCAGAUAAUAAGAUCAGUAAGAUCCCGGUGCGAGCGCUGCACGGCUUACCCAAUCUACAGUGGCUCGACCUGAGCAAGAAUAAACUGGAUGACACAUCACUGGGGCUGAAUGUGUUCCGGAAUCUGACCAAACUGCGUCGUCUGAAUCUGGAUGGAAAUAAUCUGACCAAAAUCCCUCUGCUGCCGCCAUCACUGCUGGAGCUGAAGAUCAAUGACAACAAACUGAGUGGACUCACACCUCACAGCUUUAAAGGUUUGUCCCAGCUGCUGACUCUGGAGAUGGAGGACAAUCAUUUCCACGAUGGGAAUGUGUCUCCGGUGGCAUUCAGGCCCCUCAAGAAACUAAUUUACCUGCGACUGGACGAUAAUGACUUUAGAGCCAUUCCCUCUGGCCUGCCUGCAUCACUGAAGGAGUUGCAUUUGUCAGAUAACCGGAUCGAAGUAGUUCAUGCCGGACUCCUCAAUAAGACGGUGAACCUGCGGAUCCUAAAUCUGAGCCAUAAUAAAAUCAGAGAGGACCGAAUUGCGCCGAGAGCGUGGUUUCAUCUACGUAAGUUGGAGACAUUGGAUCUGUCCCACAAUAAAUUGGUCCACGUCCCCUCUUUCCUGCCUGUCGGUCUUGUCCAGCUAACACUGCACCACAAUCAGAUUGAGAGAAUCCCAGGAUAUGUGUUUGCUCACAUGCAGCCCGGUCUCAGCUCAUUACACCUCUCAUACAACCGGCUAAGGGAGGACGGCAUCAAUGAAGUGUCCUUCCUUGGUCUAAGACACUCACUGAAUGAGCUGCUGCUGGACCAUAACCAGCUCAGAGAGAUUCCACGUGGGAUUGUGCAACUCCGUGUCCUUCACGUCCUCCGCCUCAACCACAACUACAUCAGCUCGGUACCCAUGAACACCCUGUGUGACAUCACCGCCCGUGACGACUCCCCACUGCUCUCCGUUCACCUGCAGAAUAACCUUAUCGAUCGGCGUUUAGUCCCGCCUACAGCACUCACCUGUAUUAAACAGUACAGCAGUGUGAUCCUUCACCCUCAGAGACACGAACAGAUCUACGAGUGAACACACUCUUAAACACACUCGAUUACACACAGUAUACUCACAUAUAGAACCAACAAGCCAGGUGACAGUAGAACCUUUGGGGCAGGAUUAUUUCAACAUUAUGGUAAAAGUAUAUCUCAUGUACCUGACAUAAGAAUAAUAAUGCAGUUACAAUGUGUCAUUUUUUCCCUCAUACUUUAUACUAAUGAAGCUCAUUUUUAUUUUACUAGUUUAAAGUGCAAGUUUGUAUCUGAAUUAUAAUUUUUUAUUCCAGAAUGUAUUGCGUUAUACCAGUGAGACCGUAGAUAAGUAAACAUGUUAAUCUGAUUAUAACAUAUACCGUAUAGUAUUUUUAAUAGUGAUAAAUGUUGUGAAAACACACCUAAUACAC